AAAAAGGCCUAUCGGACUUCACGUUAUGGCUGUAAAAGCAAGGUAGGAAAGUUCAUUGCAAUGCCAAUCUGACACUUAAAUAUUAUUGAUAGACCUUUAUAAAUCAGUAGACGCAAAGCAUCCGGAAGUUGCUGAAAUAGGGCUGAUAAAGAUGGGUGCUGGUAGAUCUAAGAGUGGCUUUCCUAGAACAGAAACUAAAUCCAGGCACGAACAGGCCAUUUCCCUAUUUUCGGCCGAGGAAUUAAGUGAGAUAAAGCUUGUCUUUCAGAGAAUUUGUAGCACGAGUGGAAAUUCCGAAACUGAAAAGACAGCAUUUCAUGAGCAAGAUUUGAAGCGAUAUAUUGCUGGCAGAGUACCAGACAAAAUUACAAGUAAAUUAUUUUCGAUCCUGUGUAAAAAUGGUGAAUCUCAGAGUGUUUCCAGUGAGGACUUUAUAAUCGCAGUAGCAGAUCUGACUAAAGGAAUGGUUGAGCAACAAGUUCAUGUUUUGUACACAUUGGUCGUUGAAGAAGACAGGACCUUCACCCUAAGUUCCUUUAGAGAGGUACUUCAUGUGUUUCUAGGUUGCUAUGAUGCCAUUCUUAGAAGCACACAAGUGAACUGGAAGGCAGCAGAUACUGCAGCAAUAACUGUUUUUGUGGACAUGAUGAUGCAAGAUCUUCAAGAUGGCGACAUUGAAAGUGCAAUUGAUUUAUGCAAUUGGUUGCUGAAUAAACCAUUGAUACAGAAUAUACUAACAGAUAUCAUGCACUAUUGCCUCUUGAUACAACACAGUGCAGUUAAGCCUUGUGUAUUUGUUUUCAUAGGUGGCAGUCAGUGUUUUUUGUUUACAUUGUCACCGUCAAUGGCCAUAUUUGAAAGCUCAAGUAUCAACGAUCAUUACAUGUACUUGAAUAUGGAUCAAGAGACACUGCCCAAUGGUCUUGGUAUGGGAGGUCAGUUUGGCUACUUUGGUUUCUGGCUUGACCAGGAUUUUGGUAAAGGUCACAGCAAAUCUCAUCCUAAAUGUACAACAUAUGAUAGCCCACAGCUGUCAGCUACAGAGCAGUUUACCGUUGAUGUGUUGGAAGUGUGGGCUGUUGGAGAAAUUCCCAAAGUCAAUACGGAAGAAGAUGACGAUCAAAGUGGUAGCAUUUUAGAUAAGAACCCUGAAGCUAAGGCUCUUUUGGAUAUAAUAGGGAAAGAAAGGAAAAGCGAGGGACUAAGAGAGGAUCCAGAAGCAGAUAUUCCAGAGGUCCAUCAACUCCCUCCUCUGUAGACACCAUUCAGUAUCUAACAAUAGAAUACUAUUUUGCUUAAAUCAUGAUAUCACAUAACUCUUCGAUACAUACAAUUCACUAUCUUUCUCUGUUCUGUGAACAUGUAUUCAUUACUGGGGUCCCAAGUUGGAAUAAGCACACUUUCAGGAGAUAUGUUAAACAUGCUGACUGCCAGACCUUUUUUUUUUUAGGUUCGUUACCGUGUGCCAAAACAAGUUUACAUGUACAAACAUACUUUUUUGAAAUUUUAUCUAGUCAUAUAUCAUGAAAAAGGUGUGUCUAAUAAAUUGGGGACAAGUAAACUAGUCGCUGGCACUGGGACAGCACUUUUUAUUGCCUCUGCCAAGUGAAAGUUUUCUCGUCCGCUGUUUUUGCAUGGGUUGGUAUAUGGUCAGAACCACUCAUGCAAUCGAGUGUACUGCAGGUGACAUAACAAAUCAAACAUACAUACAUUAUUUGUACCUUAUCGUCUUAGUGUAUAUUCCCGAACUACCAGCCAUUAAGUCUGUGGUUCAACAAUAUAUAACAAAGAAGUAAUAAACGGUAGAAUGUUACCCCGAUUUUGAUGAGCGUAGUCGUCCCUAGCGUCCUCAGCAACACCCAGUGGAACGAGUAUACUCGUCUCUGGCAGCAAACGUGUUAAAUGAGCUUUUCUUGACACACCUAAUUUUAUUCUUUGCUCUGCAUGGUGAUACUCCCUUAGCAUUGGAUUAGUUAGCAGGAUGUUUUCCUGGCUAGGUUUUCCGAAUUUUUCUAUUUCUGCGCUUCAUUUUGCCAAGCGCCUUGAGCAUUU